GAGAAAAGGAAGAAGGAGGAAGGAGGGGGGCAUCAGCUUCUUGGACAAGUCGUUCUGCCCCACUGUCAGGUAGUUGAGAUUUUGUUUGCCCAAAGCGCUGGUAGACAUGGACAUGGCAGACUACAGCGAGGCUCUGGACCCGGCCUACACCACGCUGGAGUUUGAAAACAUGCAAGUGCUCCCCUUGGGCGCAGACUCCUCGCCGGCUGAAAGCGCCAGCAUGAACGCCACAGGCCACCUGGCAGCAGGCAGCCUUUGCGCCAUAUGUGGUGACAGAGCCACGGGAAAGCACUACGGGGCCUCCAGCUGCGACGGCUGCAAGGGCUUCUUCAGGCGCAGCGUCCGCAAGAACCACAUGUACUCCUGCAGGUUUAAUAGACAAUGCAUUGUGGACAAAGACAAGAGAAACCAAUGCAGAUACUGCAGGCUGAAGAAAUGCUUCAGAGCUGGCAUGAAGAAGGAAGCUGUACAGAAUGAGAGAGACAGAAUCAGCACCAGGAGAUCCAGCUACGAAGACAGCAGUUUACCGUCCAUCAACGCACUCAUUCAGGCAGAUGUUCUAUCGAGACAGAUCACGUCGCCUGCACCCAUACUGAACGGGGACAUAAGGACCAAAAAGAUCGCCACCAUCACCGACGUCUGUGAGUCCAUGAAACAGCAGCUGCUGGUCCUGGUGGAGUGGGCCAAAUACAUCCCGGCCUUCUGCGACCUGCCUCUGGACGACCAGGUGGCGCUGCUGCGAGCUCAUGCUGGGGAACAUCUCCUGCUGGGUGCAGCGAAGAGGUCCAUGCUCUAC